AUGGAGGCGACCAUUCACCGCCUGAGGAGUGAGAACGCGCAGUUGCACCGGCGCCUGAGGACACUGCAGCAGCAGGACAACAACAACGGCCAGUCUACGACGGCGAACGCAACAAAUGGUGUCGACGGAGGCCUUCAAGUGGACAGCAACUUCAACGGUGUGGCUGAGCAGCCGUCCACCGCAACGAUGACCACCAAAAUGCAUGAACUACAGUUGGAGUUGGCCGAGACGAAAAAGAUGCUCGCAUCGCUGAAGCUUGAUCGAAAACGCCUGAAGAGCGAGAAGCUCGAGCUGCUGUCCCAAAUGAAAGACGUCUACCAGACGCUGGAGGCGAAGGAAAAGGAGUUACGCGACUUCAUCCGUCAGUUCGAAGUUAAAAUGCGCGACAGCGACCGCGGUAUUCAAAAGGUACUGUCUUCCGUUGUGGUUCUGUUUUCGUUUGUUUACUGUUGUCGCUUUGAAGUGGUGUUGUUCCAAGACUCGAACACUUGCUGCCCUGUUUUAAGCUUCACUUUUCUGUCAUGUGGCAUUUUCCACGGCAGUCUGGUCUUCACUGAUUUCCGCGUCCCUCUUGCCUACUUUCUUUCAAACACGCCUCUCUGA